CGACAUGCUACGUGUUUUCGAACGUUCUGGUCCGUAUCCGCUCCAGCACUCAGCGACCGUCGCCAUCUUGGAAGAGGAAUAGUUGGAGACACUUUCCAGUUUCUUUGUUCAUAUUUUUCACAAACUCACAAACCUACUGUUUAUCAUUGUUCACGUGGGAUGCGCAACUUAAAACGAAUGCGUUCCCCAGGUGUCUGGCUGGACGAGUACAGCUGGGAAGAGAGAAUGGAGGGUCGCAAGCGAAGGAAACAAGAUUCGCACAGCAGCGAAAGAGAAAACAAGUCCAGCAGAACUCGCCGCCACCUCAACGCACAUGAGGGGCAUUACCUGGAGUCCCGCAGUUUGAACCAGAGGCUAGACUCUCGGGAAGGACGCACCCAGGACCCCAGUUUGGUCAUGGCUUGUGAGGAGGAAAGUCGAGAAGUCACCUGCAAGAACAGAGACCUUGACUGGCACCACUACAGCAAGUCAUCGGGGCGUAGUGGACGGAGUGGUCGCAGCAGGCGAAGCAGUCGCAGGCACAGAGACCGAAAGUGCAGGCGUAGUCACUCUCGCCACAGGUCCUCCACGAGGAGGAGCCAUCCCCGCAGGAGCAGGAAAAGAUCCAGGAGUGUUGAGGAUGAUGGCGAGGGUCACCUCAUCUAUCACACUGGAGACAUGCUAAGAGCGAGAUAUGAGAUUGUGUGUACUCUAGGAGAGGGUGCCUUUGGAAAGGUCGUUGAAUGCAUAGAUCACUCUAAGGAUGGAGCUCGACUGGCUCUGAAGAUCAUUAAAAACAUAGACCGCUACCGUGAUGCAGCUAUGUCUGAGGUAGAGGUGCUUCAACAGUUGAAGUCGCUUGACUCUGACAAGAGAUAUGGGUGUGUGCACAUGCUGGACUGGUUUGACUACCAUGGCCAUGUUUGUAUCGCCUUUGAGCUGCUUGGCCUCAGCACUUAUGAUUUUCUCAAGGAGAACAACUUCCAGCCUUUUCCCAUUGAACACAUCAAACGCAUGUCAUACCAGAUCAUCCGAGCUAUUCGAUUUAUGCAUAAGAACAAGCUGACUCACACAGAUCUGAAGCCUGAGAAUAUUCUCUUCAUCAACUCAGACUACGAUAUGGAGUACAACUCUGUCAAAAGACGGGAUGAACGAACAUUGAAGAACCCAGAUGUGAAAAUUGUGGACUUUGGUAAUGCCACGUAUGAACACGAGCACCACACGUCUGUGGUGUCAACACGUCACUACCGUGCUCCUGAGGUUAUUUUAGAUCUGGGUUGGGACCAUUCCUGUGAUGUCUGGAGUUUGGGCUGUAUAUUCCUUGAGUACUACCUUGGAUCCACUCUCUUCCAGACCCAUGACAGCAAAGAGCACCUUGCUAUGAUGGAGAGAGUCCUGGGCCCUAUCCCCGCAAACCUCCUGCAGAAAACCAAGAAACGGCGGUUUGUUCACCGGUGCAGACUCGACUGGGACAUGUACGGUGCCUCUGGGAGAUAUGUCAGAAAACACUGCAGACCGCUCAAGCAUUACAUGUUGUCUAAGGGUGAAGACCACCAGCAGAUGUUUGACCUGAUAGAGAAGAUGUUGGAGUACGACCCAGCUAAGCGCCUCAGCCUUGAACAGGCCCUCCGACACCCCUUCUUCUCCUGUUUCUACAGCAAAAGCAGCAGCAAAAACAGUUGUAGCAGCAGCAUUAGCUGUAGCAAAGACAGCAGCAGCAAAAGCAGCAAAAAAGACUGAACUCCGGAACCUGAAAACUUUGACCUGUAACCUCGGACACAAGGCCUAGCUGUCCCUGUGAUUCCUGGUGCCCAGUGCCAGCCUCUAGUUCCUGACUCUCCAGGAGAGGUGUACCUUUACUGACUGUAUCAGUCCUCUGCCCUGCUCUGCUGUGUACUGUCUCGAAACCAGUGUGUCUUAAAAUCACGCAUCCUCAUGCGUUUUCAUCCUUGGCAUGUUUCUGAUGUAAUGAAUUCUCCUGAAUGAUUUCUAUUUAUUUGCCAUUGUAAUUUAAAUUGUAGCUUCAGAAUAUAUACUUGUAAGCCACUCUUUUUUUUUUCUUUUUUUUUUUAUUCCUUUCUACUCUGGUUUUGUCCACGUUCUGUUUGUGCAUUGACAAGACGGUGAUGGGUAAUGCAACAGACAGAUAUGCUUAAUGACAGGGUCACACAUACGCAAAUGUGAAGCUAAUAAGUUGAACUCCAUGCGAAGCCACGCUGCAGAUUGGCUUUGCUACACAAAGUGAAUGUUCCAGACGCCUCCUCGCUAGCACAGAGUGGAAGUGAACGGGAGGUAAAAGUUCGCUACUGCUACAUUUGCUCAUGCGUGACUGUGCCCGUGCUCUGUUUUGAUCGCAGCACAAAUAAUUUAUUCAGCAUUGUAGGUGUUUAAGAAAAGCUACUGCAGGCAGAGAAACCUUUUGUAAAUACCUCUUUCAGAUAUUUUUUUUCACUGACUUAUGUAACUUUUGCAUCCUGUGCAUUUUCUCAAUAAACGUGAAUAGACUACAA